AUGCCUUCUGCAAGCUUUCCUGGUUUUCCUUCAAAUGGGAGCUUUGUGGCUCACUAUGCGAAAGAAUCAAGCAAGCAACUUGCUGUUGGGAUUGUGAACCUAGGAGACAUGGGGUAUAAGAAGCUCUCCAGGUACUGCUCUGAGCUUCUACCUGAUGGUAAUACUUCACUGCAAUCGGGGAAUCCUGGCUGGAAACGCAAUGGGACUUUUAUUGUCAAUUCAAAGGAUGCAGAAAAUGUUGGAAUGGUCAUUGUCAGAGAUAUUGUCAGCAAACUUGUGAUUUUCCAGUUCCGGCCACACAAGAGUCCUAUUUCAGCAUUAUGCUUUGACCCUAGCGGCACCCUUUUAGUUACCGCUUCGGCUGCAACGUGGUUUCACAAAUGCAGUAAGUGUCGGAUAAUUGUUUCAAGAUUCCUUCUUGAAUAUGUUAUUGUCAUACAGGAUAGCAGUUUCAGUGACGACAGCAACUGGAUUAUGAUUAGUUCAUCAAGGCGGACAAGCCAUCUCUUUGGUAUAAAUCCUCUUGGAGGAUCAGUAAACUUUCAGUCUGCUGAUGCUAAUUUUACCACAAAAAAUAGUGGUUUGGGCAUUAUGACUAAGGCAGUGGUUCGUUGGCCACCUAAUCAACAGAGCCUUUGUGCAGCUGGUCAUCCAGUUACACUUUCCGUUGUUAGCAGAAUAAGGAAUGGAAAUAAUGGAUGGAGAGGCACUGUAAGUGGUGCUGCAGCUGCUGCAACAGGCAGGAGGAUGAGUUCCCUUUCUGGGGCUAUCGCUUCAUCUUUCCCCAAUUGUAGAGGCAAUGCUUUAUAUGCGGAUUGCCACUCUUCGAAGGCAAAGUAUCACCUUUUGGUCUUUUCUCCUUCUGGUUGUAUGAUACAAUAUGUGUUGCGAACAUCGACUUUUCUAGAUCCAACGGUUCUGGUGUCUGGAUUAAGCACCGCUCCUGAUUCAGCUUCAGAAAGUGAUGCAAGAUUAGUUGUUGAGGCUAUCGAGAAGUGGAAUAUCUGUCAGAAACAAAACCGAAGAGAGAGAGAAGAUAAUAUUGACAUAUAUGGUGAGAAUGGAAAUUCAGACAGCAAUAAAAUAUAUCCUAGAGGAGUGAAAAAGGGAAAUAGCAUCUAUCCUGAAGCUGGAGGUACAUUCAUGAAAGCAAAGAUCAGUCCUGAGGAGAAACAUCAUUUAUAUAUAUCAGAAGCUGAACUACAGAUGCAUCAAGCUCGGACUCCGUUGUGGGCAAAACCUGAGAUUUACUUUCAGUCGAUGAUGGUGGAAGCCACAAAAAUGGAUGAAACAAAUGCUUCUUGGGGAGAAAUCGAAAUCGAAAGAAUUCCAGCUCGCAUGAUUGAAGCAAGGUCAAAAGGCUUGGUUCCAGUUUUUGACAAUCUUUCGAUUCCCAAAAUCCAACAAACAAGGAACCCUGCUCUAGAUAGCAAUAUCAAUGGGAAACUUCAGCAUCAGAGGUCUGGGCUGUCUGCUAACAGGAGGCUCUCUUUUGGGAGCAGCUCUGGCUCUCUUGACUCUAUGACUGAUGCUGGUGCUCCAGUGGUAGAAUUUCACAAUGGCGUUGAAGAAACUGAAUCGGAUGGUUCUCAGAUGCCAGUAGAAACCAAGGGCUUUGUAUAUAAUAAUGACAGCCCAAAAACAAAGACUCGGCUUGAGAUUGUAAAUAAUAGAGAGAGCUUAAAAAUGGAGCCUCAACUCAAGUUUGUAAAUUGUAACAAAACAGGCCCGAAAAUGGAGAAUCAUUUUGAAGACGAAGGUGGUGAGUUUGAUUAG